AUUGAGUUCUUGUGUGUGGACAACGUGUUUUAAUAUUUAAAAUUUUAUAAAGUUUUGUUAUAAAAAAUAUUAAAUUUUUCUAAGUUUUGUAUUCAAUAAUAUGGAAUUGAAAAUUUGAAAAUCGAUGACAAAUUUUAAACUUGAAGAGGUACUCUGUUUGAUUUGAACUACUAAGUAUUACCACAGUCCACAGCCCACAGGUACCUAAAAUCAGGUUCAUGUCCAUUGGACUUUUAGAACACUGCUUCAAAACGUGACGUUACACAACGACGAGGGAGUGCUAAUAAAUAAUUCAGAAUGUCGUCAAAUAUGAAUAAAAGUUCUCAAACUACCAAGUUAAGAAGUAAUGAAAUGUCAAAAUAUCAUUCCCAAUAUCGACCAAACUAUGAUUCCCAAUAUCGACCAAAGUAUGAUUCUGGCUUGCAGGACGAUUCUAUAGCGUCUGGUUGCUUACCAAUUUCAAAUUCAAAAAUAAUUUCUGAACCACGUAGAAAUAAAUGUGGAGGUAGAGGAAUGGCCAUUCAACAACUAUCUGAAUCUAUGUCUUCAAAAAGCAUAAUAAAGAAUACAAAUUUGGACUUCUCAAAUUCAAAUAUAGAACGUCAUUUCAAGAAUCUAAAAGAAGAAAAUUUAAAAAAACUUAAGGAAGAAAAUGAAAAAAUUUGGGGAAAAUUUAUACAUUCAAAUAAGAAUACAUAACAUUUAAUUGGCAUUUGUUUUAUAUUUGAAAGUAUAAACCAUAGUUGACGAUUUGCAGUGACCCUAUCAAAGGACAAUAAAAAAUUUAUUAAUUAACAGUCAUUAUACAUGCAAGAUAUGUAUAUAUAUAUAUAUAUAUAUUUAUAUACAUGUGUAACAUGUAUAUAUUUAUUUAUAAUUUAUUGUAAAUAUGUGAUGUUUAGAAUUUGUAUAUCUAAUUAAAAUAAUAUUUUCAUAAAAUUGUACUUAAUAUUUUGAUCAAGAUUUUAUAUAUAUAUUUAUAUAUAUAAUAUAUUUGUUGUUACUAAUGAAAGCAAUUUAAUGAUUGUCGAAGUGCUAUCUGAAAACAUUAAAUUAAUUAAAAUUAUGUUAUGUUAUGA